AUGGAGCCCACUGGGCUUGUCUGGGGCGAGGAGAAGAUGCUGCUGAGGUGGAGCCGAAUGUGGCGGCGUGGUACAGACGAUGCGAUAACGGCGGUAGCGGCGCUGGGAGUGUCCCUCAUCCCUCCCGACUCCUCUUCCAGGAGAGAGGAGGGUGGACACGACCCAGGGCUGGCUCUGCGUGGUUGUUCAUUUGAUGAGCACUACAGUAAUUGUGGCUAUAGUGUGGCCUUGGGAACCAAUGGAUUUACCUGGGAGCAGAUCAAUACCUGGGAAAAGCCAACAAUGGAUCCUGCUGUCCCAACUGGCUCCUUCAUGAUGGUGAACAGCUCUGGGCGAGCAUCUGGGCAGAAAGCUCACCUGCUCUUGCCUACUCUGAAGGAAAAUGACACCCACUGCAUCGACUUCCACUAUUACCUGUCCAGCCGAGACCGUUCAAGUCCCGGCUCUCUGAAUGUCUACGUGAAGGUGAACGGAGGACCACAGGGCAAUCCCAUAUGGAAUGUCUCGGGGGUUGUUACUGAAGGAUGGGUGAAAGCAGAACUUGCCAUCAGUACGUUCUGGCCACAUUUUUAUCAGGUGAUAUUUGAGUCUGUCUCUUUGAAAGGACACCCAGGGUACAUAGCUGUGGAUGAAGUCAGAGUUCUCGCCCAUCCAUGCAGAAAAGCACCUCAUUUCCUCCGACUACAGAAUGUGGAGGUGAACGUGGGACAGAACGCGACAUUCCAGUGCAUUGCUGGGGGGAAGUGGUCACAGCAUGACAAGCUCUGGCUCCAGCAGUGGAAUGGAAGGGACACGGCACUGAUGGUCACUCGAGUGGUCAACCACAGACGCUUUUCUGCCACGGUGAGCGUGGCUGACACCUCCCAGCGCAGCGUCAGCAAGUACCGCUGCGUCAUUCGCUCCGACGGUGGAUCUGGAGUUUCCAAUUAUGCAGAAUUAAUAGUCAAAGAGCCCCCAACUCCCAUCGCCCCCCCCGAGCUGCUGGCUGUCGGUGCCACGUACCUGUGGAUCAAGCCCAAUGCCAACUCCAUCAUUGGAGAUGGGCCCAUCAUACUGAAAGAGGUGGAGUACCGGACGACCACGGGGAAUUGGGCUGAAACACACAUCGUAGACUCUCCUAAUUACAAAUUGUGGCAUUUGGACCCUGAUGUGGAGUAUGAGAUCCGGGUGCUGCUCACUCGCCCUGGAGAAGGAGGCACCGGCCCCCCUGGACCACCGCUCACAACAAGGACUAAGUGUGCAGAUCCUGUCCAUGGACCACAGAACGUGGAAGUGGUUGAUAUCCGCUCCCGGCAGCUGACGUUGCAAUGGGAACCUUUUGGCUACGCUGUGACCCGCUGCCACAGCUACAAUCUCACUGUCCAGUACCAGUAUGUGUUUAACCAGCAAAAAUUCGAGGCAGAGGAACUCAUCCAAACCUCGUCCCACUACACCUUGCGAGGUCUCCGGCCCUUCAUGACCAUCAGGCUGAGGUUGGCCCUCUCGAACCCUGAGGGCAAAAUGGAGAGUGAGGAGCUGGUUGUGCAGACCGAGGAGGAUGUUCCUGGACCUGUUCCCUUGGAAUCCAUCCAGGGAGGACCUUUUGAAGAGAAGAUCUAUGUUCAGUGGAAGCCUCCAAAUGAGACAAAUGGCAUCAUUACACUCUAUGAG